AUGAAAACUGAGAAUAGAUGCCUAUCCCCUGGCUACUUUCAGAGCAGCAUUGAUCCAUCUGUAUCUACCAUGCUCCCCUCUUUGCAAUCUCCUGAUAUCCGAGGGUCAACAAGCACUUUUACUCCAGAAGUCACAAAUUCACCCCAACUUCGUACUUUAGGCCAAAGGCUCCAAGAAAAGUUUAGAAAUUUACAAAACGAGUAUGGGAGAGCAUCAGAGCCAGCCCCUGAGAGCAUCGUCCAAGUUAACCAAAGCAGAUUUUCACUCCCAAGUAUAAUUUCUGGAGAAAUCCAUGAGGCAAAAUUUAUUGACGAAAACAGUGAAAUUGAUGCGUAUGAGGUGGAUUUGGAUCGACCAUUAUUGAGAUGGUGCGCAUAUUGCAAUGCAGAGACAACGACAAGGUCGGAGUAUUCGAACUCAACAACAGCUUUUUGGUCUGCUGUUGGGAUUUUUUUAAUGGGAGGAGUUUUUGGAUGCUUUAUGAUACCUUAUAUGACAAAUAAAUGUAAAGACAUAAAAUAUGUUUGUCAUAAGUGUCAGCAUACCAUCAACUAACUCCCCCCUUUAAAUUGGAACAAAAAAUUUUGUUCCAAUUUAAAGGGGGUUAAGAAAAUUUUUUUGAAAAAAAAAUCGAUAUAAAAUUUUUUAUAAAAAAAAAAUAUGUAUAUAAAAAAUUUUUUCAAAAAUUCGUCGAAUUAGAUUAAUAAAUUUGUUCAAUGAAAUGCUAUUUACUCUCUCUCUAUCCUUUAAAAUUAGCAAGAUAUAUAACUAAAUUUUCAUUAUUAGUUAAUACGACACUAUUAAUUGAUAUCAAAACUAUUCACACAAAAAUUAUUAUUUUUAUUGAUAAAAAAAAAUGAAAAAAAAAAAAUUAGAAAAUUUAUUGAUCAAAUUGCUAAUUUGUUUAAAUAAUAUCUAUUUAUAUGCUAUUCUUUAAAAUAAAGUAAAAAAUAAGUAAAUUUUUAAUUUUUGUAAAGAAUUCGCAUUGAAUUUAUAUCAAAAUUAUUUAAAUAAAUAAUAUCAUUUUCUAUCAAAAAAACAAUUAUUAUUGUUUUUAAAAAUUUAGCAAUUAAGGAUAAUAAAUUUAUUUAAAUUAAGAUGAUCUUUAUACUCUCUUCUUUAAACAAGAGCAAGAUAUAAAUAAAUUUUUUAAUUUUUAGUUAAGAAGAAACAUUUAACUUAUAUCAAAACUUUUUACAUAAAAAUUAUGAUUUUAUAUAUAUAAAAUUUUUUAUUAUAAAAUUAAAUUUUGUUCCAAUUUAAAGGGGGAUUAAUUUACCAAAAAAGUGAAUUUUGCUUAUAUUUUGUUCCCAAUUUAAAGGGGGGGAAGUAA